AUGCGCAGUAGAGGUCUGCGGGACAGUUCCAGUCCCGGUCCCGCGGGACUUUUUACGGGACCGGGACCUAGAGGUCUGCGGGAUUGUUCCGGUCUUGCGGGAUUGUCUCGGUCUUGCGAGAUUGUCUCGGUCUUGCGGGAUUGUCUCGGUCUUGCGGGAUUGUCUCGGUCUUGCGGGAUUGUCUCGGUCUUGCGGGAUUGUCCCGGUCUUGCGGGA